CUUCCCUCGCCGCGGCUGCAGCGGCAGGCGGGGAAGCGCUCCUCGCCGCUCCGCCUCCGAUCGCCGCCCGCUGCGGGGAUGUGUGAUUGCCAUGGCGAGGCGGCUCUUCCCGGGGGCCUGGCUCAGGAAACCUCACUACGCGCAGGUACGUUUCUCAUAUACGCGGAUGAAGUAUCUCUUCAUCUCUUGGUUAGUAGUAUUUAUUGGCAGCUGGGUUAUGUAUGUUCAGUACUCCACCUACACAGAACUAUGCAGAGGACAUGACUGUAGGAAAAUAAUAUGUGAUAAAUACAAGACUGGAGUUAUUGAUGGGUCAGCAUGUAGCAGUCUUUGUGCUAAAGAAACAUUGUAUUUUGGAAAAUGUUUGUCAACAAAGCCCAAUGACCAGAUGUAUUUAGGAAUCUGGGGAAAUCUGCAAGGUGUUAUAAAAUGCCAGAUGGAAGAAGCUGCUCAACUUGAUUUUGGUACUGACCCAGAGCCAAGGAAGGAAAUAGUCCUAUUUGAUAAACCAACAAGAGGAACCACUGUUGAGAAAUUCAAAGAAAUGGUUUAUGGUCUUUUUAAAGCAAAAUUGGGUGAACAAGGAAAUCUUUCAGAACUGGUUAAUCUCAUCCUAUCUUUUGCUGAUGGAAACAAAGAUGGUAGAGUUUCUUUGCCAGAGGCGAAAUCUGCAUGGGCACUUCUGCAGCUAGAUGAGUUUCUGUUAAUGGCGAUCUUGCAGGAUAAAGAACAUACUCCCAAGUUGAUGGGUUUUUGUGGGGAUCUCUAUGUGACUGAAAGAGUUGAAUAUACCUCCCUCUAUGGAAUCAGCCUUCCAUGGGUUAUAGAACUUUUCAUUCCCUCUGGCUUCCGAAGAAGCAUGGACCAAUGGUUUACUCCAUCAUGGCCAAGAAAGGCAAAAAUAGCUAUAGGGCUUUUAGAAUUUGUGGAAGAUAUUUUCCAUGGACCUUAUGGAAACUUUCUUAUGUGUGAUACAAGUGCCAAAAACUUGGGAUAUAAUGAUAAAUAUGAUUUGAAAGUAAUGGACAUGAGAAAAAUUGUGCCAGAAAUGAAUUUGAAGGAAAUAAUUAAAGAUCGUCAGUGUGAAUCAGAUUUGGACUGUAUUUAUGGUACAGACUGUAGAACUCUGUGUGACCAAAGCAAAAUGAGAUGUACCACAGAAGUAAUUCAGCCAAACUUGGCAAAAGCCUGUCAGCUACUUAAAGACUACCUGCUUCGUGGUGCUCCUUCCGAUAUCCAUGAAGAACUAGAAAAACAACUGUACUUGUGUAUUGCCCUUAAAGUCACAGCAAAUCAGAUGGAAAUGGAGCAUUCUUUAAUACUCAAUAACUUAAAAACUUUACUGUGGAAGAAAAUUUCCCAUACAAAUGAUUCUUAGCUUCUCUACCAGCAGAAGAUAAUAUUGAUGCCUGCCUCUAGAGGUGGCCUACCCCAUUUGAUAAAAAUUAUCUGCAGCAUUUUUUAAAGAUGUUUCUUUACUCGGAUUUCAUUAAUGGCUCUAACUUGCCCUUCAGUCAGUAUCUUAUGACAGGGCUUCUCAAAGAAUGAACAUGCCACUGAAUGAUCGAGCAGAGGCCAGCAGCACUUCUGGUGUUCCAGUGGUGUGUUAUGGAAACAAAAACCCUGCAUGCUUGACUGUUCUGUGCACUUUGUCAGAUCUUGAACAGGAUGAAAGUAUUCACUGUGCCACCACAUCAACUGAUGGAACAUCUUACAAUUCUGUGAAAAUCAUUGCUCACUUGUGAAAUAUCUGCAAAAGAUUUUUAUUCCAAGUAGUUUUAUGAAGAACCACCACUACUGCAAAUAAUGUGUCUGAGUCCAAGCUGCUGUUGUGAAUAAACUGAACUGUGAGAUUGAAGUUUACUAAUACCUUGGCAUGGCAGAAUUUGCACAUUUAUAACUUUUAAACUGUGGAAAAUUAGAAUUUUAUUCUAGAGCUGACAGGUUGUAAUAUGAGACUUAAAUGAGAUUCUGUUUACACCUUGUUACCUCAUGCUUACAUCUUGAAUGUUUUAGUUCAACACUUUUUAAUUAAGUCCUUAUACAGUGAACCAUGUUGGGAGCCAAGAAUUUUAGAAUAUGUUAUUUCUUAAAAUCAUGUGUAUAGUCUAGCAGCAAUAUCAACAUCUGUUUCAAAAAAUGUAAUUAUUGUACUUCAGUUGAAACCUUUAACCCAAAUUAAGCUGUAGCAAAUAUUGGAAAGUAAGGAGUUUGUGGACUAAGCUAUUGUGUCAGAACUGAAGUUAAUUGAUUUUUAAAAAUACUGAGAGCAGAAAUGUCCAAAGUUAAAAAAAGAAGCUUGGAUACUGUAGAAAUCUGCUGUAUGACAUGUGAAACAAGUAAUAGUUGUGAAUGCAGUCUUGACUCUUUACUGUCCCUCCAAAUUUAGCUACAGAAUGGUACUUAAAUCGUCUUGAACUAUUGCAGAAGUAUGUAAGUGAGAGCUAGACCUGGAAGACACAAGCUAGAUUGUUCAGGAUCGUGGAAUAUUGCUUAAAUGGGAGCCUAUGAGAUAGUAACAAUUAGGAAUGAGGUGGAACAUAAAUUAACUGUAGUGUGUUACUAUUCUUUUUCUCUAGUAGCAUCUGAGAGUCAUUUUUAAGUCUCAAGUCAUGAGUAAAUAAACACUAUCUGAUCCUGCCACUCCACAUGGCAUGACCACUGUACCACCUUUAAUCUGCAUCCCUGUUGUUUCUCAGAUCUACAUCUAUGUUUGCAGUUAUGCAGAAUUGGAUGUCCAAAAACACCUUAAUACUGUGCUCAAUACUUAUCUGUUAAUGUUUGAUUUAUAAAUGCUUUAGGUAUGAAGUAGUUCAAGGACAAGCUUUAUUUAAAUAUUUGAAAGGUUGUUAAUUGCUUUAGGUAUCCUGUAUUAAAUCCAUUCCUUGAAUGAUUAAACUGAAGUACAGGACUAACAAAGUCACUUUUCCAAAUAUAUGUAAUAUUAUGCAGCUUGGGUUAAGAGUGUACUGUUUUGUAAACAUCAGCUUUUUAGUUUAAGAAUUACUCUGCUAAUGCUAAUUAUUGUCUCUAACUUGAUAAUGUCCUCCAACCACAAGCUAAUAAGUAUUUGUAGCCAGCAAUGCACUCAAGUGUAAAGUGGUCAUGUUCUUGGUGGAAAAAUCUGACUAAUUGCUACUAGGUUUUGGGCAGAGAUGAUUAUUGAACCCAAAAUGAUGCUGGGUAUUUUAAACAACUGGAAAACAUGUUUAAUAAUGCAGUUUGUUGUAUAGAACCUUCAUUUUUAUUGCUGUUGCAUCAAGUUGGAGCUUUCAUUGGAAAAAAAAUACACUUUUGUUUACAAUAAAUCACAGGCCUCCUUUUCUCUUUCAAUAGUGGUACUUACCAUCUAUCAACAUCUUAAAGCAAAACAUUCCUCCAUGUAGCCUACUUGACUCAUGUUUUAACUGUGCAAGCAACUUCAGGAAGUCUAAUGGGAAACAAAUAAAUUAGAAACUAAUUUAUGAAACUAUGAAACUGAGAUGUAGGAGAAAAAAAAGGGAUAGGGGC